CACUGGUGGAUCCACCGUCGAUUGAUUGCAUAUCGAUUUUUUUAUGAUCACGUGAUCUACGUACUCGCGCUAUAAUUUGCGUCAUUGAACUCUGCUUUUUGCAUACGCCACAUUUGAAACUUAUUUUACCUGAGACACUAUGGGAUCACGAGGCAGAAGAAGGAGCGAAAGCGAAGAUGACAGGACCUUGUUUGCCAAGGGUCUCUGUUACAACACCACAGAAGAGACCCUGGUGGAGACCUUUGGGGCGAUAUCUGCCAGGAUACCUGUGAACAACCAGGGUAGAUCCAAAGGAUUUGCUUACAUCGAGUUUGAGGAUGAGGAUAAGGCGGAGGACGCCCUGCAACAGCACUCCGGCAUCGAGAUCGAUGGCUGGACUCUCGUCCUGGACUACGUUGGACGCAAGAGGAAGAACUUUGACGAUUCUGCCGAUGGUGGCGGAUCUAGGAGACGCGAUGGAGGAAGGCGAGAUCGAGACGGUGGCAGACGGGAUGGCGGACGGGAUGGCGGACGUGAUGGCGGCCGUCGCUAUGGAGGAGGUAGCUAUGGGUUCCAGUCUGGGGGACGUGACUAUGAUUCGAGGCCGCCACGAGGAGGUGGCCGUGGAUCCGACUCCCAGAACAGGACGGUCUAUGUGAAAAACAUCGCACCUGACUCUGAUGAGAAUUCUCUCAUGGACCUUCUGGGAUGUUCCUCUGUUAGGAUUCCUAGGUUCAGGGACUCUGAUGAAAUCAAAGGCUUUGCCUAUGCGGACUUUGAGGACCAUGCUUCAGCCCAGUCUGCUAUUGACACUCUGAAUGGAGAAGAGGGAUUGUUCCUGGAGUUUGCCAGGGAGCGAGGAGGUGGCGGUGGUGGUGCUGGCGGUGGUGCCAGCGGCGGUAGGGAUCGCUCAGAUAACCUAUCUGAGAGGACCCUCUACAUCAAGGGAAUCUCCCUGGAUACCGAUGAGGAUUCGCUUGCCGAUCUUCUUCAGUGCUCGGAGGUCAGAAUUCCCCGUGACAGGGACACGGACGAAAACAAGGGGUUUGCGUAUGCUGACUUCAAAGACAGGGCAUCGGCCCAGAAAGCCAUCGACAAUGUGGAUGGAACGGAUGGUUUGAUGCUGGAGUUUGCUCGUGAGAGGGGCGGAGGACGUGGUGGACGUCGUGGAGGCUACCGCGGACGUCGUGGGGGCGGCGGCUAUCGCGACAAUCGCAGCGGGGGAUACAAUGGCUACUGAUUGGAUGGCCAUUGAGGCUGGUGGACAUUAUGCAGAUUAUAAAGAGGAGCAAGUCAUUUCACUGAAAACCAACAUGCAGACAGAAGAAGGGUCAUAUAUACAUACACAACGCAGAAAUUGAAGCAUUAAAAUUCGUGGCAAAAAUGAGUAAGCUAGGAGCCACACGGUAUAGUAAAGAACUGUUUGCCUGGUAAGUGAGCAAAAAAGAAGCAACAAAAAUAAAUCGAGCGCCGAGCUCAGAAUUUUCUCCAUCGAAAUCGUUUGAAUUGAAAUUUUUCGUGCAUUUCGGGCAGUUUUAGAACCAGGCCCAGAGUUUAAGGAUUUAUCGGAAUUCCCAAGAAGGGUUCCUGUCGGGGGCGUCGCAUUUAGUGCCUAUCAUCGUGGCGAGGGCAGAAAAAAAAGCAGCAAAUCAGAUAAAAGUAGAAUCUAUCGUCUACUUGUGGCUAUUAAAUGACCAAGCAAAUUUGCUAUGGUUAGGAAAAUGGAGUGAAUCAUACACUCAGAGAUUUUUUUUAAAAGAGAAAAAAAAUAUGUUAAUCUAGAGUGCAUUGGACACUUGACUGUUUUAAAAGGGAGGCAAUUUAAACUUGGAAAUUAAGAUGUGUAGCAGCGCCAGUACGGUGAUAAAUUUGGAUCUUUACAUACAAGAAUGACGGAGAUGAAUCUUAUCUGUUGGUUUUUAUGCAGAAUCCAAAUUGAAUAAUUCACCUAAUUUACCAUUCUGAGAUUUCAAAUAAUAAUCUGAUGAAUAAUUUUCAAACUAUCAAUAUAUUGACAUAGAAUUAAUGUCAUUUGGGUAUUUAAAGGGUUAAUUUCAUAUCUGCAUGCACUUCUUAAUUACCCAUGUAUAAUUGUGGUUCUGAUUCAGUCUAAGGUUCCUGUAGAAUCUUGAAAUGAAUUUUUAAGUUUUGUCAAUUUUUCUUUCCUCCAAGUGAAGACGGGGGGUGCGAAUAUUUUUGUUUGAAUCAUUCUUAUUUUAUACAAAUUAUAUCCAUGAUGUUGAUUUUAUCAAGUGAUUAAUUACAGAUAUGAAUUAAAAAAAAUGAGUGCCAUGCAUGGGGAUAUAAAAGAAACAAGAGACCAAAAACCUUAAGUUUUAUGUCAAAAUCAAGAUUUGUUUUAUUCUGAGGAAUUUUUCCCCCCAAAUUGUUUUUAGAGUAAUGGAAUUUGAUUUUACCACUUUUAGAAUGGUAUUUGGGUCAGUAUAUAUUUUACUUUGCGGUGUUUUAUCCUUUCUCUGAAUUUUAAUGAAAGAUUUCCAUAUGCUGCAUUGGUUAUGGGAUAUAGGGACAUUUUGCAUUUGGAUAUAGAUGGUUAUAGUACUUGGUUCUAUCUCAAAUGUAAGUGUACUUCUGAUUACAGAUCGUCCACAAAUGUUUUGUUAGCUUAUUUGACAUUUUUUAAACGUUAUCCAUUCUUUUUAAACUAAAUUUGAAUGAAGGAUGAUGUAAGUAAACAUUGAAAUGUUUAUAUUGAUUUAAUAUUGUAUGCAAUAUUGUUUACAACCACUAGGAAACAAGGUGUACCGUGGUGCGGGGGACCAUGGAAGUAAAAACAAAAAUAUAUUUCAGAGAGUUGGAAAAACAAAAUAAAGAAUAUACUCACUCCUUCAUGAGGGUCAAUAUAAGGAAUGGUAGAUAUCAGUUUUCACAGCUGAACAUAGUAAAAGAUCAAUAUGCUAUAGAGUUGGAGAUUUGAUUUUGCACCAGUCCGCCCAUGUCAAACUUUUUGAUAUGUAAAUAUUAAUCAUGAGUAUGUAAGAUGUAGUUUACAGUAAGUGUUUCUUUGGAGUAAGAGUACUUUUUUAGAUGGUUUUCUUUUUUGAUGUUGUUGCAAAUACAAUUAGGGAGCGUUUUUUAAAGACCAGGCUUGUCAAUGAGGUUUGGAUAUGUGUAGAAAUAGAACGAGUUCAGUUUGUCUGUGUGGAUCGGAAGCUGUCCUACAGCUAGUUUUAUCAUUCAGUUAUAUAUAAAUAUUCCAUUUUUACCUCAAACUAUGUAGCAUACCCACCAGAUUCAUUUUUGAAAAAGAAGAAUUAAUGUUCAGUAAGUGCACAAAUCAUGUGCUCACUGGUAAUAACAAAUGAUUCAUGUUUAACUCGUUGUUUUCAUCAACCAAGAAGUUCAAUUUAAAAGUUACAAAUCGUUUACGACUAGAGGCGUAUUGAGAGACUAAUGUUGAUGUGAGAAGAAUAUAAACGGACACAAAUAUCUUAUUCUUACAUGUAAUUUCUGGAAAAUGUGUUGAUUUUUUAUUCUAAUUAAUUUAUUCCUCUUUUUAAUAUUCAAUUGUGUGCAAGUUGUAGUCGUAGAUUCGUCAUUUCUACCACGUCGGUUAAAAGUCAAGUAAUGUAUUUUGCUACAUUCGUGUAUUGAAAAUCAUGAAUUUGAAUUCUUUAUUACACUAUUUUGAUGGCAAUUGAAUUAAAUUGAAAGUAAUGUUUA